AUGACUGAAUCAAGCAAGAUCCUGGUGACUGCACGAGACGUGGAACAACAAAUUCCUGCGCAACAGCCUCGCGGCUUAGGUACGUUAAGCAAGGAAACCAACGCGGCACCUAUGGAGAUUGCGCCAGCUGCACCUACUCCAAUUCUGGUCAUUCGGAACGGUUUGCUCGGUGACGACGGAGCGUUUCUGGAAGACGAGCACGAGAACGGCCUCGAUCUACCAGACGCUCCGUUCCCCCAUUGGGGCUUCAUGGCCACCUCUCUCGCAUACCUCGGUGGCGUUUUGACAAGCAUAGUUCUGCUAGGACUCCUGGCCCCCAUCCGCCGGCUUCUCACCACGCUGUACGGCUUUCGCCAUGUCCAUGUCCUCUCCGUGCACCACUCAAGCAAGACCCGCAAUAGGCCAGCGAAGCACGAUAUCAUCGGCGUAUUUGACUCGGAGAAUGCAGCACGAGUUGUUAUUACGGAGCUCAUGGGUCAGCCAGAGUUCGAAGGCCGGAACGUGAGCAUCGGUUUUCCUGUUAUCGGAGGGGACGACGUUGGGGUGAGCAUAAUGGACGACUGGAACGGUGAUGCCGAGGAUGGAGGGCUUGUGGUCCUGGUGCAGAAGAUGUACGUCAGAGGGAGAUGAUCACAACGGCUGUGUGGAAGGCUUAUAGCCUCUAUCACACCUCGGAGACAAGGCUAUGAAGUUGGGAGUCUGUAGAUGCAUCUCCGAAUCAUUGAAUGACCGCCAGGCAUUCCCAUCUGCUAGUCCUGCCGCAAUAGGCAUCUAUAGUGCACACAGCACCGUAUGGUCGUGGCAUGAUGUUGGGGAUCUGCCGCAGCAGUAUUUUGUAAAAAGACGUCUUGCUCGUAACCCCAACGCCGUAGCAAGGGCUAAAAACCACUCAUGGCAUGCAUAUCACUUUGAAGGCAGGCUACGAGUUUGAGAUGACGCCCAGGGGUCUCCGGAAAUUUUACAAACCG